UAAAAACAAAGGAUGAUAUCAAAUCAGAUAAACUUGAGCGAAGGUUACGAUAAUCCAUCUUAAAGAUGAUAAGGAAGAGGGAGGAGGAAGCAAAUAUGGGUGAACCCGAUAGCCAUGGAAGUGAUUUUCUUGGAGUGCUCCUUAAGGCAAACCAGGAUCCAAAUAAGAGCAAGAAAAUAUCCAUAAACGACAUAGUUGAUGAGUACAAAACAUUUUAUAUUACUGGACAAGAAACAACUAAUGCUGCACUUAAUUGGACUAUUUUUCUUUUAGCAAUUCACAUAGUCAGAGAAAUUUUCUUGAAACAGCCAAAAUUGCAAUUGAAUAGUCUAGCAAGGAGCAGAGAGCUCCUCCAAGGGCUUAUGAACUUGUAAAUUCCUUGAAGAACAUGUUCCAAUUAAGGAGACCUGAGAUACAAAUAGAGAUUGCAGUUGUAGAAGGAAAGGAGAAAGGGCCAUUAAUAGUGGAAGAAGCUAAAAGGCAAGGAGUGGAACUUCUGGUUCUAGGGCAAAAGAAGAGAUCGAUGACAUGGAGAUUGAUAAUGAUGUGGGCAAGCAAUAAGGUGACAGGUGGAGGAGUUGUAGAAUAUUGCAUCCAAAAUGCUGAUUGUAUGGCCAUUGCAGUUAGAAGAAGGAGCAAAAAAGGUGGAGGCUAUUUGAUCACCACUAAGCGUCACAAAGAUUUCUGGCUCUUAGCUUAAUUAAUUAAUUUAAUUAAUGUCUAAUUAUUUUA